CAUGGACAGAAAAGAACGUGCUGCGAAAAAGUCCAAGCGGUUUAGAGAAAGGAGGAAAGAGGAAUUUAACAAAUUAAGAGCGUUUUAUAUCUUUGCCUUGAACAAUAACAGAGCUAUGGUAGAUGCAUUUGAAGCUGUAUAUAGUGCGAGCGACGAUGCUGCUGAAAACAUGUCUACUCUCCGACAUAUUUCUCCUCAAACUGUACCUAUUCAACAAAAUAACGUUCCUCAUCAAGCCAUAACCGUUCCCCAAGACGAACCUCCUCAAACCAUAUCAGUUCUCCAAGAAGAACCUCCUCAACCCAUACCAGUUCUCCAAGACGAACAUCCUCAACCUCUGCCUAUCCAAGACGACGAACCUCUUCAAGCUCUGCCUGCUCUCCAAAACAGCCUUCCUCUUGAAGAUAUGUUUCAACACGAUCUGUCAUGGCUAAGUGAUUUUCCGGACACGAACUUGCCCAGCUUGGAUGCUUUACCAAACCCGGAUUGGUUCAUGGAUUUGGACCUGUCCUUAUUUGAUUAAAAGAGAACAAACAAACAAACAAACAAACAAACAAACAAACAACGCCCUUUAAAGAGCCACGUCACCACAUUUUAUAAAAGAAUAUGAACGAAUCUCGUUUAAAAAUGUAUACAUUUUCGUAUAAACCCCAUCGUGGUUUUUAGUGCAAAGUUGCCUUGCACUAUUGUUGUGAGAAAAGUUCAAUCCAGUGACCGAUCAAUGGAUCGAUCUAUAGUGUAAACAAUCUCAGGGGAACUUGUAAAUGAUUUUUUAUUACGUUUUCUAGAGCUUCGCGACGUUCGGCCAACUAAUCGUUUAUAGCUGUUUAUAGAUUAUAGAAAUCUAUAUUUAUAUUUAUAUUCAUGAUGAUACAUGUUCUUACUUAUUUUAUCCACCAUUUACACAAGUUAUAACCAAAUUACUGUUACAUUUCAAGCACUUGUUAUUAUAUGGAGAGAGGAAUUCGCGCGUUUUAUUAUGUUUCAAUAGCUAUUCUAUAUUGUAUGAAUUGUUAUAUGUUGUUGUAACAAGUUUGGAACAAGCUGUUAACAACUUGUAA